UUCCGCCAGGAAUCAAGCCGAACUUGCACGCACAGAUGUUAGUUUCCAAGGUAGGAAAGAUACAGACACAAAGAAAGCACCUUGUACAGAUGCAAACGGAGGUGUAGACUGUGCAGCUGCCAAAGUGGUGACAAGCAAUCCAGAGGACCAUGAAAGGGUCUUAAUGCAAGUUGUGAACUUGAAUGUGCCAAUGAGGCCUGGCAUUCUUGUCCAAAGACAGAGUAAGGAAGUGUUGGCCACAUCCUUAGAAAACAGAAGAGAUAUGGAGGCAGAAGAGGAGAACCAAAUAAAUGAGAAGCAAGAGACUGAGAAUGCUGGAGAAACUGGUCAAGAAGAGGAUGAUGGUUUGCAGAAAACACACACAGCUGUCACUAGAACUCCUUCAGUUGUUGAAAGCCAAAAAAGACCUUUAAAAGGAGUGACAUUUUCUAGGGAGGUAAUUGUUGUGGAUCUUGGGAAUAAACACCCUAUACCUCAAAGCUAUACUCGAGAACAUAAAGAGAGAAAAUGAAGCUCCAAAAAGGGCUCAUCCUUUGGACUCAUCUCUUCCCAUGGCUUCUGGGACAAGGCUGCACCACCUGUCCCUCUUUUCACCAGCUGAUUCCCACCAGCGGAUGAAAACAUUUAAAGGGAAAAGGCAAAAUCUCCCUUCAUCCACGUCCCUAUUUCACUGCUGUCCAGUUGUCUUACCUGUCCUUGCAUAACAUUCCGAAAGCACAGUCUCCACCCUCUCAUCUCCCAUUCACCUGUCACCCAUGACCCAGCUUCUGCCCCAUCACUCACUGAAACUGCUCUCUGCAAACGACCCAAGGACCUUCUUUGUUGUUACAUCCAAUAUAUAUCUCUAUGUAUCUUUAUCAUCCGAUUCGUACUUUUCCACACUGAUGCCAAUGGCCACCGCCUCCACCGGGCACCCAGGCUCUGUGAUGAAGUGCCUUUGUGGUUGCCUUCCUCCUCCUCAGUCGUUCUUUGCAGGCCCCCUCUUCCCUUGCCUACCUCUUACCUGCUGAUUUUUUUUCCAGAGUUCUAGCCCCAGCCCCCUUCCGGCCUCUUUCCAUUCUAGUCUCUGAGGGUGCAGUCGCUAACCAAGCCGCAAAUUCCAGUGGCUGAAGAAAACGUUUUUCUCUGCUGCACCCCAGUGUCUGACACACUCAGAUUCCACUUCUGAACACCGCUCACCCCUUCUCCACCCUGACAAGUCUUCCUCCUUCCAGUUUCUAUCUCACCCGUUUCCAAUGUUCAAAAGCCUGUAAGAAUGAUUUUCCUAGAACACGUCUGAUCGUG